AUGGCUCAGCAACAUAUCCCCAAGACGGGGAGCCGCUCCCAGCUCAACGAAUCAGUCUCCUCUUUUCUCGAACAAUUUCCAGACCUGCACCUGGGUGGCCAAGAAGACUUCCACGAUGAACGUUGCAAACACUUAGGAGUCUUUGGUAUCCACAACCUGCCUUUGAACAAGGUUCACCCCAUCCACAACGUGGAGUUUACUGCCAUAAGAGGACCACAUGGCACAAUUCCCAUUAGAGUUCUUUAUCCGAGUAGUGGAGAGGAUUACCGCGCAUCUAACAAAGCAGUCGCCCUCAUUUAUUUCCAUGGCGGAGGUUACACCGUCGGCUCAGUCGACGAGUUUGAGAAUGGCCUGCGAAUGCUUGCAGAAGCCAGCGGCGUUCAGAUCCACGCUAUUGAAUACAAACUUGCGCCAGAAUUUCGCUUCCCAGUCCAGCUAGACGAGUAUGAUGCAGUGAUUGAUGCCCUUCAGGGUGAGUUCGGUAGAGAACGUGGCAUUCAAACAGUGCUCGGUGGCGGAGAUAGCGCCGGUGGAAACAUGACUGCUGGAAUAGUGCUCAGACGCAAAGAUGCCGGCAAAAAGCCACUGGAUGCGCAAAUUCUCUUUUAUCCCGAGGCAAGGGUACCUUUUGAUACGCCGGCUGCGGUCGAGAAUAACUCAGGUUAUUACCUCGAGUGUAAUGGCAUCUUUUCUUUUGCCGAUCAUUAUCUCCCACGCGGAAUACCUCCAAGUUCCCGAUACGUCAGUCCAGGGAUGCAGGAAACAAACCAGCUGUGUGAUCUGUCUGCCGCAUGUGUAUACACAAACGGCUUCGAUCCACUUCGAGAUGUUGGAGUUGAAUACGCGAGCAAGCUUCAAAAGGCGGGUGUCAAAGUCAUGUGGAGACACUAUGAUGGUAAGAAAAGUCUGCACCUCAAGACACUUUGUGGCGUUCUGACAUCCACAUUAGACAUGACCCAUGGCUGGGUGCAAAUGACGGCCUGGUCGCAAGCUGCUCGGACUGCUGUCAAGGACGUUGCUGGGGAUAUUAAAUCGUUGGUGUAUGUGUCACAGUAA